AUAGUUUUCUAACAUCAACUCAAUUAAUUAUGCUGGAAGUCCCAAUUAUUUAGUCCCAACCAACAAAAGGAAUGAAACAAAAAGUACACAACUUAAAAGCCAUCAUUCUUAUUAGUCACUUAAUCAUGUUGAGCACAUGGUUGCAUUGCAUUAGCACAAAAGCUAAGAAGAAAACAAAAAAUCAUAGUCAUGGUCUUUAUCCAAAUGGCCUCUUAAUUUAAUCCCAAACCCCCCUCUUAUAAGUGAUCCCCCCACUCUUAUGAAUCUUCUGAGGAACCAAAUUGUAAGGAGGGGGAAAAAAGAAAUGGAUUACUCAUACCUUAAAUUAGGGCUACUCAUCUCCACAUUUCUGGUCUCAUUUUUUCCUUCAACAUUCUCUCAAUUAGCCAGAAACAGUACUCUUCUUCUGGUAGAUACAGAUGGUCAUCAGCUCCAAACAAACACAAAAUAUUACAUAUUUCCUGCCCAAAGUGGAAAUGGAGGCGGGCUAGCCUUAUCAGCCAAAGAUUUCCCCUGCCAAUAUUAUGUCAUGCAAGAAAAUCUUGAAGACUCAAAUGGGCUUCCACUGAAGUUCUUUCCUGCUGAUACCAAACAGCAGAUCAUCAGCUUGUCUAGUGAUGUUAAUAUAGCUUUCAAUGCAGCAACCAUUUGUGUUCAGUCAACAGUUUGGAGAAUUGGAGGCGGCGGCAAUAAUGGUGAUAAUAAUGGGGGAAGAAGGUAUGUGAUCAGUACUGGUGUUGCAGGUCAUCCUGGUGCUGAUACUCUGAACAAUUGGUUCAGAUUUGAAAAAAUUGGGAUUGGGUACAAGAUUGUUUUUUGUCCUAGUGUCUGUAACACUUGCAAGUUUGUAUGUGGAGAUGUUGGUGUGUUUAGUGAAAAUGGGAAAAGGUGGCUUGGGUUGACUGAUGAUGGACCUUUUGUUUUUGUAUUCAAGAAGGCCUAAUAAAUGAAUGGUUGGAGCUAUUAACUAGUACUUUUGUGCUUUCCAUUUCAUGUACUAGUAUGCAAAAGAGAAAAAAAAAGGAGUAAUUUUUCUAUUGAACUGCGUUUUGGGGAAUGAAGGGAGCUAGUAUGUAGUAAUUAGCAUAGGCAGCAAUCAGAAUUCUGUUGGCAGUUCAAUGUGGUUUCAUUACAUUACAUAAAAUCUGUUGAUGAAAACUUCCAGGUACUUUUGUUCAAAGAGCAGCAAGUGGUAUUGUAUAAUGAGAGCAUCUCCAGUGUUGCAUUUUUUUCUACACAUCAAAUAACCAGAUUUGUUGUUUUGCUGCAUGUUAUAGUAUUAUCUUCUCCAAUUCACAGCACCAAUUUUACAUCAAAAUGGAAU